CAGACACACAGCCUCUCUGACACACACAAAAGUUGGGAAGCGGCUACACUGCACUGAGCACUGAGCGGCAGUAGGAGAAUGAGCGCAGGAAACUGCUGCAGGGCUAUGGCUCCCUCCCUGGCCCAGGCAUACAGACGGCGAUGGUGGAUGGCCAUAACAGCCGUGAUUGAGAAUCUGCUGUUCUCGGCUGUUCUACUCGGAUGGGCGUCACUCCUGCUUAUGCUUACCAAGGAAGGGUUUUACUCUCAUCUGUGCACAGAGUUUGGCAACGUCUCCGGCAAUUCCUCUCACAGUUGGCAUGACAACAGCAGUACGCACGGAUCGUGGGCGAGUUGCGUGGACCAAGCAGAGAUGCUGAACCUGGGGUUCACCAUUGGUUCCUUUCUGCUGAGUGCCACCACUCCCCUGGGCAUCCUCAUGGACAAGCACGGGCCCAUACCGCGGCUGAUUGGCAGUGCCAGCUUCGCGCUCUCCUGUGCCAUGAUCGCCAUAGCAGCUCAUAACCCACCGAGUAAACACUCUCUCUCGCAGACAAUCUAUCUCUCUCUCUCUCUCUCCUUAUUCCAGACCAUUGCCCUCACUUUCACAUCCGCAUUGUUACCAAAUAUGUUCGGCAACUUGCGAUCGACCAUAAUGUCCCUGAUGAUCGGCUCGUACGCUUCUUCAGCUGUAACUUUCUCGGGAAUUAAGGUGAUCUACGACUUUGGAGUCUCGUUCGUCGUCAUCAUGUACACGUGGGCCGGGCUGGCCUGCCUCGUCUUCCUCAACUGCUACAUCAACUGGCCCAUUCAGGCCUUCCCGGACCCAGAAGAGGCCAGUUACGUGAAGAAGAUCAAGCUGAGCAGCCUGGCUCUGGACCACAAAGUGACCGGGGACCGGUUUUAUGUUCACGUCAGCAACGUAGGCCAGAGGCUGAGUCAGAAGGUUCCGGAACAGGAUGAGUUCAAGCAUCUCUCCACGGACAGCAUCGCCAAGGCCUGCAGCCCCAAGAAAGAGACCUCCAUCCCGUUACGGAGAAGCGUGUUCUCAGCCAUUUUCCUGUGGAGCCUGGUUACCAUGGGCAUGACACAACUCCGGCUCAUGUUCUACAUGGCCAGCAUGAACAAGAUGUUAGAGUUCAUUAUCGCACACGGGACGAGUGAAGAGACAGAAGAAGAACAGGUUAGGGAGGCAGAGACAGUGAAUUUCUAUUCGUCCAUUUUUGGGAUCCUGCAGCUGCUGUGCCUGUUCACCUCCCCACUCAUUGGCUAUGUCAUGGAUUGGCGUCUGAAGGAAUGUGUAGACACGUCAAUCAAUCCAGCAGCUGACUGUCCAUCUGGAAAACGGCCGCGGGACAGAACAGUCCAGAAACUGACCAAUGCCAUUAGGGCGUUUGUUUUCACAAACUUACUGCUUGUGGUGUUUGGUGUGACCUGUUUAAUCAACAUUCUCCCACUGCAGUGCCUCACCUUUGUAUUCCACACUGUGGUCCGUGGAUUCAUCCACUCUGCCUGUGGCGGCCUCUACGCUGUUGUCUAUCCCACCAACCACUUUGGCUCUCUGAUUGGUCUCCAGUCCCUGGUCAGUGCCGUCUUUGCCCUGUUCCAGCAGCUUCUCUUCAUGGCCAUGCUCGGGCCCCUGGAUGGAGACCCCUUCUGGGUGAACUUCGGCCUGCUCCUCCUGUCUGCCACCGGCUUUCUCCUGCCUGGCUACCUCUGGUAUCACCGUCGCAAUGUCUUGAAGGCCAAGGCCAUGGGAGGUGGGCCCUGUCGAGGGGCCGGGGGCCAGGAGCCCCUGGACGGCGGGACCCUGCCCCCAGGCGGGCCCCUCACUCCCGGGAAGCCGGUCGACAACGGCCUUUCCCCCCAUGAGGAAAGUCAGGCCUAGUCUGGCCUAGCGGGGCCUACUCCGGCCUCAUCAGCCAAGCCUGACCCCCUCCAUGUCCUCUCGCCCUCAUUUCCCCCCCCCCCUCCCCAAACCGUC